AUGAGACUGAGUGGUGGUAGCUCUCUCCUACUCAGCAUCACGGCCACCCUCAGACCUCUGGUGAAGUUCAAGAUUGUUAAAAAGAGGACCAAGAAGUUUAUCCAGCACCAGCCCAACCAAUAUGUCAAAAUUAAGUGCAGCUGGUGGAAAUCCAGAGGCAUUGACAAGAGGGUACACAGAAAAUUCAAGGGCCAGAUCUUGAGGCCCAACACUGGUUAUGGGAGCAACAAGAAAGCAAAGUACAUGGUGCCCAGUGGCUUCCAGAAGUUCCUCAUCCACAAUGUCAAGAAGCUUGAAGUACUGCUGAUACGCAACAAAUCUUACUGUGCAGAGAUUGCUCACAAUGGCUCCUCUAAGAACCACAAAGCUAUUAUGGAAAGAGCCACCCGGCUGGCCAUCAGAGUCACCAGUCCCGAUGCCAGGAUGUGCAAGGAAGAAAAUGAAGAAAUAGCUUAUGUGCAUAUCAUAUUUGUGUUAAUAAGACCAUAG